AUGGAAGGAGAGAAUGACAGCCAGGAACUGAGCCCCACGGGCCGCUUGCUUCCUCAUCGCAAGACCCAGGGGAGUCAGAAGAGUAAAAGUGAGAAAACUCAUAGGUUGAGGCAAAGGCAGUUCAACAGCACCAAGCGGGCUGAGCCCGAGCGCCUCGAGGCGGAGGCAGCUCCCGCCGAGGGCUGCGCUGUGCUGCGAAAGCCCCCGGCCGGGCACAGCUCCGCGGACGCGGCAUCUCUCCGGCUGCUCCCUGGCGGGGCGCCGAGGCGGUGCAGCCGCGGGCGCAGCGCGCCCCCUGGCGGCUCCGCGGCAGCUCUCCCGCCGUACGUGCCAGUACCCAACAUGGCUCCUGCGCCCUCCGCGCCCGCGCGGGGCUGCUGCCCUCGCUCGCGCUCGGGCUGCCCCCGGGCCCCUUCCCCGCUGUCCCGGGAGCGGGGCCCGCCCCUGCGCGGCGCUGCAGGCGGGACCGGCCCCGUGCCGGGCCCCGAGCACACCCAGGCGGGUGUGAGCAGCGCGGGGCCGCCCAGCGCGGAGCCCGGCCCUCGCCCGGCACCGCGGCCGCGGGAGCGCAGCGUCGCGGGGAGCAGCAGCAGGUACUUUGCCCCGCAGCGGGCUGCGCGGAGCGGGCGGUGA